CACUACAUAGCGCGACCAUUUCGAAAUGUCUUCUUUGAAGAGCUACUGCCUGAUGCUGGGUGCGUACAGACAAAGAGUCCCAAACCGGGACGAAGCAUUUGUCCAGUACUCCCAGGUUUUCCAGUGUUUCUCCAAGUGAUGUUAGCCCACGAUGAAAUCCUCCAUAAAAUCAAACAAUAAUCCGCACAAAACCAAUACUUCGAAAUUAAUCUGAUGCUCACUAGCGACUGGCCUUAUUCAGGCAGUGAUCUGGAGUUCUAGUGGGAAGUCGUGACCAUUGGGGUGCAGCAGGUUGAAGGUGAGGCAAUAACUCAUCGAAGAAGACGAGGAUGUCAAAUCGGGGAUCAUCAUUCAUCAACCCGUCGCCAAUCUGGAAAUCUUCGUCACUCAGCCAGCAUCAACAAAAAAAUUCAGUCGGAUUUUCAAUACAAACGUCAGGUCAGUCAGUUCUUUUAUAUGGAUCAGAAACUUGGCGGGUCACAAAGAAUGUUUCCAGCAGCCUGUUGCAGACCUCCAUCAACAACUCUCUUCGCUCGCUUUGUACUGAAGAUCAGAUGGCCGGGCCGGAAAGAAUCACCAACAAGAAACUAUGGCUGAGAACAAACAAAAGAGGAACCAAUCGCCAACCAACAAAUAUGCAGGAGAAAGUGGAGACGGAUUGUACACUCGUUGAGGAGGCCGGUCGGUGACAUCGCGCGUCAGGCCCUAAAGUGGAACCCGAAAGGGAAGCGGCGAGUGGAUCGUCAGUGAAAAGGUGACAUGGAAGAGAUCGUGUGAAGAGGAGUUGAAACAGUAUGGACUUACUAACAUGGAUGCAGGUUAAAA